UCAAUGAAACAGCGGCCUUCAGAAAUUCUAUUUAUAAACAACCUUGAGAGGCGCUUUUCAGAUAGAUUUCAUCUCUACUGAACAGUGUUGAAUAAAAUGGCUCACAAAUACGCCAUUCUCGCGUUUGUUGUUGUGAUAUGUACACUAUUUAAAGAAGGUGAAGCCUUGAAGUGCUUCAACUGUACGAGUGUACUCGACAGUAAGUGUGGGAAGACAUGGGGGUACUCUGGGACGGAAGGAGACAAGUACUUGGUAAAAUGUGAAGGAAACACUGUAGCUUGUAGAAAACUUGAAACCACAGACACAUAUAAAGGGAUGACUGUGGUGUUGCGAUCCUGUUGGAAUGUGAGCAGUGUAGAGACCCUGGAUGAAGACUUCCUAGAUUGCACCAAGAUGGCGAGUAUCGGCAAGGCCUGCUACUGUAAUAAGGACCUAGACAACGGGAAACCAUGUAAUGGAAGACAGCCCUUGUUGGCUUUCGUCGAGCUCAUUGUCUCAGCCCUUUUAGCUGCAGUUUGUGUUAUUUUCUGAGAAGUGUAUUUUUCCAUGAUUAGUAAACUGUAAUGAAAGUGGGCAAUUAAAUUUUUUGAAAAAGAAAAGAAAAAAAAAAAGGUUUAUUUUAAGACAAAAUUAUGGUAUAAGUUUAAUAAGAAAGAGACAGUGAUUUUCGGUUUGUAUUAAAUUUUCAAAUACUGAAUCGACAUCGGAGUGUAAACCGUUACACUUUAGUAUUGAAUUUCAAAGUAAAAAAACGAAUUAUCACUUGCUUAUAAAAUGAGUUGUGAAGGACAUUUUUAAAUGAUCAUGCCCAAUGUAGAAGCCAGUGUGAUAAUUUUACUCGGUCCGAAAGAGGGAAGGCAACAAUGAAUUAUCAGAUCAUCAAAUAAGCCAUCCCGCGAUAAGCUAAGUCACACAAGGUCAAAUAUUGAUUUUCAGUUAGAUUUAAUCUAGAUGUUACAAUUUGCAUAGCCUACAUUGUAUGCAUACAGUGGAUUAAAAAAAAAAGUUUAAAAUAUUUUGAUAUAAAAAUUCAAAGAAAGUCUGUUUUACUCCUAAAACCCAUUAGCUUGACUACGUUUAAUCAUGAAUGUGUUACUGAAAUAAAUUGCAAACACACUUUUACUUGAUGUAUAAGUAAAGAUAAUGAUGCUAAUUCCUCAUGUCUAGCUACAGGGAAAAUGCAACUUAUGCAAAAUGUUUGUAUCUAACAAUAUUUUCACAUCCAUUUGUAGCAUAUUGCUUAAAAUAUAAUUACAUUCAUCAGCUUCUAAAGAGACGCAAAUAUAAAUUGGGCAAUUAGUGAAUGACAUAUGCGUCAUGAAGUCAAGAUGCAUUAUAUUUAUUACUGCAUCAUUGUUAUAUGUAUUUUUUUCGUAAAACGUCGUUUUCCAAUGGUAUUUCUGUUAUGUAAUGGGUUGGGAUGGGAGAAGUGCUAUUAACUUUACCAGUGUACAUGGAGUCUGUACCAGUACAAACAUGUUCUCCACAAGUAACUGCAACUUCUCCACAUGAAUACUAUAAGACUUAGUGUAAAUAACUUGAUUUAACAAUACUGUGGACAGAUUUUUCAUUGGAUGCAUAACUCAUUAGGUUGAUGUAUUUGUUGUGUCACAAAGUAGUGAAUAUUGUCUACAAAUAAUAAUGGUUUUUGCACAGUAAACAGGUAUGGUAGAACUGUGUACAUUAUGAUAUAAAUGUUUUGCUUUUGUGUAAUAUAUAUAUCUUUGAGCAGUCCAUCAUGACUGGAAUGUGAAAAUACUUAAACAUUAUAAAAAACACAAGUUCUCCUGUGCAAUAAACUCAUAUCAUUGAAAAUAAAUCAGGUUUAAAUGUUUGGAGACCAGUUCCAAAAGCCAAGUACCUUAUUGGUUAAGUCAAAGCACACUCUUCAAACUGACCAAUGAGAAGCCUGCAUUCUUUGACUUGUUCCCAAACUCAAAUUUUAUCAUUUUAAGUUGCAUGUUUUAAUCAUGACUUGAUACCUUUUUCCAGUUAUAUUAUUCUUUAUUCUUGUAAUAGACCUUGUAUAUAAUACUAGAAAUACCAGUCUUAGUUCACCAGUUGUAUAAAAAGUUGAAUGUUAACUGGACUUAUAUUUUGUAAAGGAUCUUCCAAAAACAUCUCAUCAUUCAGCAAGAACAUCUAUAAGUAAUUAUUUCUUUUUCUCACAAGUACAAGCUAAAUAUGACUAUAUCCUGAGAAAAAGAUAAAUAGAAAAUGAUUGUGUAUUGCAUACAGUGCAAGCCUUUUAGGCAAACACCAUUAGCAAAACUAAAAUGCAUUUGAUGAGCAGAGGUUGUUUCUGCAGAGAGAUUUCUUUUUUAUAUCAAAGACUUUACAGAAAGGUUUG